AUGGACCCUCCAAAUCUCUUGAAAAAGGGCGAGCCGCUCUUGGUAGGAGGAGGAGAAGAAACAAGAGAGAAUCAACACCAAGAGCCAAGCUUUUUGAUGGAAGUCAAUGGAGAUGGAGCAGGGAAUUCUACCAGGCCUCGAAAAGUUAUCGACGAGGAAAACUUGGCAGUUGAGAUUCCUGACACUGCCCAUCAGAUAAGCAGUGGUUUGUUUCCCUUUCUUUUGACAUAA